GUGUCAGAGAGAGAGAGAGGCGCGGAUAUAUAUGUGUGUGUGUGUGUGUGUGUGUAUGUGUGUGUAUGUGUGUGUGUAGCGGGUGACGCGCUCUGCUCUGCGGGGUUACACGCCAGUCUCCAGUCACGCGUGUGCGUUAAACCUCUACUCGGCAUGGCUUUCUCUCCUCUUGGAGCUCUACAUUAGAUCCAUUUCUAGUUUUCUCUCACACCGGCGGGGCUGAGAGUGAGAGAGAGAGAGAGAGAGAGAGGGAGAGAGGGAGAGAGAGAGAGAGAGAGGAGACAGAGGAGCAGUCCGCUACACGGAGACCGGAGCAGGCAUGUAUACCAAACACAGGCAGAAAAAGCGACUUGUCCUGUCGGCACAAAACGCGCGCGCUGUCUUGCCUCUUCUGCUCGUGAGCAGUUUAUUAGGACCAGCGGACGCUAAUCUCCGGGAAGGAGCAUGGAAGGAGCGAGGACAGAAAGUGACGGCUCACUGGAUCCCCCACACCAUGGUACACAAAGACCCAGGAACGACUUCGCAGGAUCAGUUUCCAGAGAGGGGAGAGAUUCUUGUCUCAGCAGCGGACCUGGAGCUAAUUCUAGAAGUGGAACGUAAUCAGGAACUUCUGGCUAAAGACUUCACUGAGACUCACUAUGAAGACAGCCGGCCAGUUACCUAUACUAACGGUCACACUGAUCAUCAUUGCUUCUAUCAUGGAAGUGUUAAGAACCAUUCCUCUUCCUGGGUUGCUCUAAGCACAUGCUCUGGAGUGAGGGGCCUCAUUGUGCUGAACUCCAGUGACACUUACUACUUAGAGCCAGUAGAAGGGCAAGAGAUUCUCCACCACGUCUUCUAUCACACAGACGACCUGCCAAUUAAAGGUGGUACAUGUGGACACGGUCAUGAAACUGGACAUAAAGGCCUUCUCAGCGGUCUCCUUAAACCUUUGCAUCAAAGGGUGAAACGAAAUGCCUGGGGCACAACUAAGUACAUGGAGCUUUAUAUAGUUGCUGACAACACACUGUACAGAAAGCAAAACAAGGACCUUGAAAAAACUAAACGGAGAAUAAUGGAAAUUGCCAAUUACGUCGAUAAGUUUUACAGAGCUCUGAAUAUCCGGGUGCCUCUGAUUGGUCUAGAGGUGUGGACAGACCGUGAUCAGUGCAUUAUCAACGAAGAGCCCAACGCCACUCUGUGGUCCUUCCUGCAGUGGAGACAGAAGCUCAAGUCCCGCAAGAAACACGACAACGCACAACUUCUCACGGGGGUGAUAUUCAAGGGCACCACUAUUGGCAUGGCUCCCCUUGAAGGCAUGUGCAGUCAUGAAAAUUCUGGCGGCAUUAAUGUGGAUCAUUCGGAUUUGCCCAUUGGGGCGGCUGCCACCAUGGCUCAUGAGAUUGGCCAUAACUUUGGCAUGAGCCAUGACCAUGAAGGUUGCUGUGUGGAAGCCACAGCCGAGCAGGGAGGCUGCGUGAUGGCAGCAGCUACGGGGCAUCCGUUCCCUAAAGUCUUCAGCCGCUGUAGCAAGAAGGACCUGGAUAACUACUUCCAGAAAGGAGGCGGGAUGUGCCUGUUCAACAUGCCCAACAUGAAGGACCUGGUGGGGGGGAAGAGGUGCGGGAAUGGCUUUGUAGAGGAAGGGGAGGAAUGUGACUGCGGAGAACCUGAGGAAUGUACGAAUGACUGCUGCCAUGCCAGUAACUGCACUCUGAAGCAGGACGCACAGUGUGCCCACGGCGUUUGCUGUGAAGGCUGCAAGCUGAAGCAGGCAGGUACGAUGUGCCGUAGUGCAGCUGGCUCAUGUGACCUCCCCGAGUACUGCACGGGUGGAUCUCCCUACUGCCCAUCUAACGUUUACCUCCUGGAUGGAUCCACAUGCCAGUACGGCCACGCUUACUGCUAUAACGGCAUGUGCCUCACUCACGAGCAACAGUGCCUGCAGCUGUGGGGCUACGGUGCACGGCCUGCACAUGAUGCAUGUUUCCAGGAUGUCAAUGCAGCAGGAAACGCUUUCGGAAACUGCGGCAAGGACGCACAUGGCAAUUAUGUCAAGUGUGAGAAAAGUGAUGCCAAAUGUGGGAAGAUCCAGUGCCACAGCGCCGCCAAAAAGCCAAAGGGCACUAACGCCGUGUCCAUCGACACCACCAUCCGCACAGAUGGCAUCGAGGUGAAAUGCCGUGGCACAUAUGUGUACAGCACUCAGGACGGGCAGGGGGACCUUCCUGAUCCUGGCCUCGUCAUGACUGGCACCAAGUGUGGAGAGGGCAAGGUGUGCAAGGAUCGUCGUUGUCAAAAUGCUUCUUUCACCGAGCUGGAGGCCUGCAUUGCCCGUUGCAAUGGUCAUGGGGUGUGUAACAGCAACAGUAACUGCCACUGUAACCGAGGCUGGGCGCCACCCUUUUGUGAUAAACCAGGGCUGGGAGGCAGCGUGGACAGUGGACCGGUGCAGUAUGACAGCCAGGUGGGGCUAGUUGUCGGCCUGCUCUUUGCUUUUCUGGUGUUGCUCCCUGCUGUUCUCAUCGCCUUUUACUGCAUCAAAAUCAAGACCUCCUAUUAUCACAAAUGGCUCUCACAGAGGGAGAAGAGCAAGGCUAACAACAGACAUGAAAAUUCCAAGGGGAAGAGUGGACACUUGAACCCAGCUUUCCAUCUGAAGGUAGUGGGACCGUCCAACAAAAGCGCCAAUCUUAAGCUACCUCAUACAAGUAAGGAAGUGCUCCCUCUGCGACCAGGCCCCGCCUCCAAUGGCACCCAGCCGGUCAACAUUGUCCGUCCCCUCCGGCCCGCCCCCUCCCCCCACCUACGUGAUGUCAAAGUGCCUCGGCCUCCUCCUCCCGUCAGCAAACCGCUGGAGGAAGCCAAGUGUAGUCCUACUGCUGCCAAACUCAGCCCUCCCAAGAAACCCCUGCCCCUCAACCCCACACGCAGCCCACUGAUGGCAUCAGAAGUCCAGCCGAAGCCUUCCCCCACACCCCCACAGAGGCCUCUCCCUGUGAGCCCCAGCCGCGGAGCCCAGGCCAAACCUUCCGGUGGAGCCGGGGGGUUGCUGGUGAUGAUGCCCUCUGCGGUGGGCCCCAAGCCUGUGGGCAAGGUCACCGCCAUUCCUCCUCUCAGAGCACUCAGACCUGUUCCAGGACCCAAACCAAACACAGUCUCGCAGUCCCCUUUUCGAAAAUGACCUUCAUAGGAUCAACUUUAAAGACAACAGCCAGCCUAUUUGCACUAUAUAAAGGCCUUCAUUGGGAGAUUUGUAAUUUUGUGGAAAAGCAGGGGACAAAUGUACGGUGCUAAGGCCGGGACAUUCUAGGCCUCGCUUAUUUAAGCCUGAGUACAAUCCAGCCCAGUGUCCGAGGGGACCGGAUUUUGCAUGGAUCAGAAUGCAGAUUUAGACAAGAUGCUUCGUAUGGGGCAUCACAUUGCCAAAACCUUGAUUUUUUUUAACUUUACAGUUUUCUUGUAUGAAGUGUUGUUGUUGUGUUAUGUCAUUGUCGUGUUUACAUUUUUUAUUACUAUUAUUAAUUGUGUGUUAAUUUGCCAAAGAAUUUAUGUUUGAAUGUCAAUCUAAUGUGUCCUUUGCUGUACGUAUUUUUGCAUUUGUUAUAUAAAAUGCACCAUUAUAGGUUUUUAUUAAAAACUGUGUUGUCGUA